ACUUAUAGAGAGUCUUGAAUAAGCCCUCAAAAGCUAAAGAGCCUUUUGAUGCCUCCGAAUCAAUUUGAGCCCCACCAAGGGAUGCUCAAAAUGAUUUCAAAGCGAAAGAAUUCUUACACCCCUGAAAAGCAUAAAAAGAGAACAGUUGGAGUACAGAGUAACCUGUCCAAAGAUAAAAUCUCAAACUAUUACCUUAAAGGAGCUAAAGACAUUUUCAAGCAACAAGUUUUCAGUGAACCUAGACUCUCUAGAGCUCAUGACCAGGAACAGAGUGUCGAGAUGCCCUUAGAAGACUCGCUUAUGGUCUCUAAUAUUUUCAAAGAUGACUCAAAGAACCAGCUUUUUACACUCCCGAAGAUAUCUAAAAUCGUCAGAAAAAGUCAUUCUGUAUCCAGGCUAAAAUGGAACCAGAAAAUCAACAAAAUCGUUAAAAAAUAGAGCAAAACAUAGAGCCAAGUUAAUGGCAAACAUUUCAAGCAACAGUGUGAAAAUUUUGCAAAGAGGGUCAAGACCUAGAAGAGUUACUAAGACUAAGCUCGAGAGUCUGUAUAGAGUUAAUUCACCUAAAGUCGUAUCUCAGUUUUGCAAAUAAGUAAGGGAAAUAAUAAAUGACUGACUCUUCACGUCAAAACUACAUCUUUAAUACAUACUCAUUAUAAUCAGAAGCCCAUAAAAGUUGACA